AACUCAGUUGCGUCAUAACAUGGCGGUGUCACUUGCGGCACAUUUACUUUAUCCAUUUUUUAACGUAAUUAAUUAGAUUCAAACUUGAGCAACUGAAAAACGGUAUUACUACGUAACAGAGUAGUUUUAGUUAUCCACAAAAUAACGCCUCGACGGGGUUCCAUCAACAGUCACCUCACCCACCCCGACGGAGAGCUCACUCUGGGCUGGAAGCUUCCACAAGAGAACACAACCUCGACACGAGAAACAAGCUUCAACACAUUCUGAGCAAAUCAGCCCAGCUCUUGCAAUAAUCAUCAUCCGCAAUCUCUCCACAAAUCCCCCCAACAGAAGCUGUUCAGCGUACCUCGUCAGGGAAUGGAAGUAGACUGCCAGCCCGAGGACCCCAUGGUAUCUGCUUUCGAAGACGAAUGUGUAGAGCUGUGCGACGUCAAGGACAUGAGAUUGGAGGCGGACGCCGUUGUCAACGACGUCCUUUUCGCUGUGGCCCAAAUGCACGUGUCAAAAAACCUCAACAAUUCUUCAGACGUGGCUUAUAUCAAUGUGGAGACAAGGGAGGGCAACCACUAUUGCUUGGAGCUCACAGAAGCAGGACUGCGGGUGGUGGGCUAUGCUUUUAAUGAAGUGGAUGAGGACCUGAGCACUCAGUACCAUGAGACAGUUUACUCGCUUCUGGACACACUGAGUCCAGGCUACAGGGAAGCCUUUGGGAACGCUUUGCUCCAGCGGCUCGAAAGUCUCAAGCAAAAUGGACAAUGACACCAAAGCAAGUUUAUAAUGAGCCCAAAAAAAAAGUAAUACCGAAUGUCCACUUGCCGCUAUCAUAAGGGAUACCUUGCCCUACCAAUUUUGCUUUGUUCCUGAUCAUCCAUUGACUUGAUAAAUAAUUCCUGGCUGGCUGCUUGGUCUCAGUUGCACCGUUCUGCUAUUGACUUUACUGUGAAAACUAUUUCAGCUUCAUACUGCACAGGAAUUCUCCAUCUUUUGGACUCAUUGCAAGGCAAAUCUGACUCAUGCUGUGACCUGGCAACUGGUAUCUGUUCAACUUCCCCAAAGUAGUUUAAGGGCCAAAGUGGAAUCUCUUUCCUCAUUCCACAAAUAUUCUGCCUUAAUGACUGUUUGGUUAGAGAAGUACAACAUACCUCUUUAUCUACCUUUGUUUACCAAGAUU